AUGGGUGAUCACAAACCAGUCGCUCUCGUAAUCGGCGCAUCUAGAGGGAUCGGUCGCCAAGUUGCGAUCCAUUUGGCAAGCAAUGGCUACAGAGCUGAACGCGGUGUCAGUUGUCGUCGCGGCCAAGACGAACAGCGCGCCCGAGCCAGGCGCGCCCUUUCCACCAGAUCCAAAUUCGCGUCAGUCCACGAUCCUGACGGUGCAGAAGGAGAUCGAGCUGGCCGGCGGCGAAGCCCUGGCGCUGCAAGUGGACACGCGCGACCCCGACAGCGUCGACGCACUGGUAAAGGGCACCGUCCAGUCCUUCGGCCGCCUGGACGUCGUCGUCUACAAUUCCGGGGCGAUCUGGUGGGCAUCCGUCGAGAGGACGCCUCUGAAGCGGUUCCACUCAUGCAGGGGGUCAACGUCGAGGGACUGUACGCGACCGUGCAGGCCGCACUCCCGCACUUUGCACGGAAUGGAUGGAGCGGUCGCAUCAUUGUCGUCAGCCCUCCCAUCUACUCCAGGUUCUUCAGAGGCAAGACGGCGUACGCAAUGGGGAAGGUGGGCAUGUCUGUCCUCACCAAGGGUCUCGCGAUGGAUUGGCAGCGUGAAGGCAAGACCGGCAUGGCGAUCACCAGUAUAUGGCCUGCCGUGGCCAUCCAAUCCGCCGCCACGCCUGAUCAUCCGAGUGUGUUGCCAGAUCUGAGGAAACCGGACAUUUUUGCAGAUGCCAUCCUCGCGAUCUUGCGGGCUUCUGCAGAAGAGGUGAACGGCUGUCUCGAGCUAGAUGAAGACUUUCUCCGCCGCAAAGGCGGCGUUAGUGACUUUUCUGGGUACAGCGUCGUGCCAGGGGCCACACCAAGGCGAAUCAUGCCCGCAAUUCUUCCGGACCUUACGGUAGCCGAGCAGGACGACGAAGGCCAGCGGAUAGACAGCUCACGAGGAGCGGCAAAACUUUGA